AUAAUUUGAGUAUGAGACAGUGCAUACUGUUAGCACUACUGGUUGGACUGACCACUGCUGAGAUCCUCGGUGGCAUGGUCGACGAUGUAGAUUAUGCAGAUGAAGAAGAUUUUGCCAAUGCUCUAGGUAAAUGGGGGGUAAAUCUUGUUGAUAUGGAUGCUGACCAGGCUGUCCAGGGCAAAACUCCCGAUAAAAUUGGAAUUCGAGGAAGAGACAUCAAGAAGAGUAGCAGACUGUCCAACAGUGCCGUGGGAUACGUGCUACAGUUCGGAUUUUUAGAAGUUGCGACUGAAAAAACAGAGGAGGAACUUAUGGCCGCUGAUACUAUAAUAGGAGAAAAAGAAUUGAAAAAAGCGAUCAAGAAACUGCAAAAGUUUUACGGCAUUAAAGCAACUGGAAUCGUCGACACACAGACUUUGAACUUGAUGAAACAGAAACGAUGUGGAGCCAAGGACGUUGAAUACGAGAACCCUGUGAACAGGGCCAAACGAUACACCUUGUCCCGAAAAAGAUGGCCCUCCAAAACCCUGAAAUAUUGGUUCGAUCCUACUAAAUACACUGCUGAUUUAGCUUUGCCAAUAGUUCGAAGCGAAUUUGAGAGGUCGCUCGGUCUUUGGGCUGCACAAGCUGGCGUUUCAUUCGAAGAGGUAGCCGUAGCAGCUGAUGCACACAUUAAGAUCUCCUGGGAGUACGGAGACCAUGGUGACGGUUAUCCUUUCUACGGACCCGGAGGCACCUUGGCUCACGCUUUCUAUCCCGUCAAGGGAAUGCUUCAUUUUGAUGAAUCAGAGGACUACACAGCUUUCACUGUCACCGGAACAAACCUGCAUUACGUAGCAACUCACGAGAUGGGUCACAUCCUGGGUCUGAAGCACGCUGAUAGCUCGCUAGGAAACGCUAUUAUGUACGCUCUCUACACGGGGUACUCGGAUAACCUCCAACUCCAUCAGGAUGAUAUCGAUGGUGUUGUAGCGGCCAUGGGACCUGGUCAAGGAACUGUAUCACCCAUAGGAGGAUCUAGUGAUCCUGAUCCUGAACCUGCUACUGAACCCGCCACUCCAGAGCCAGUUGAUCCUCCUGCCUGUAUUGAGAAGAUUAACGCUGCCUUCCACUGGGACUAUAGUCCUGAAUACGUGUACAUCUUUGCUGGGGCCUGGUACUACAGGCUCAAGCCUAAGAACCCGGACGGAGGAAAUUUCCUACCUAUCAUGGACACUACUGCUGAACCCAAACUUAUUGGAAGGGACGGUUUUGUAGGUGUACCCAGGCAUCUUGAUGCUGCUGUCGAGACGCUUGAGGAUGGAAACAAAUUCUACGCCUUCAAGGGAGACAAAUAUGUUAUAUAUGAUAUCGUGUCCCGACGAGUUACCGAGGACGGUGUCCUGGCUGAUCUUUGGCCGGACAACACUCCCGACAAGAUUGAAGCUGCUUUCAAGAUCAGCAAAGACGCGCUAGGUUUUAUAGUUGGGGACAGACUCUACAAGUACUCCAAGUCUGGCAAGGUAUGGAGUGUAGGAGCAGCAGGUUCCAACUACUUUGAUAAGUACGAUGAUCUAGACUCUGUGUCCCUUGCUUUCUACAGGAGCUGGGCUUGGGCCUUCCGUGGAGCCUAUUACUCAGUAGCAAGGAGCAAAAACGCCAAGGAAUCCUCCAACUACAUUAUGCGUUCAAUAAAACCCGAUCUGAAACUACCAAUGUGCACAGAAGGAGUCGACCAAUUAUCAGCAGGUGAUUUGAAAAAGUGCAAGAAAGAACUGAAGAAAAUGAAGAAGAAGAACGGAAACUAUACCCCUAAAGCUGAGUGCAAGGACUAUGUAGCUGAGAAGUACGCCGACUCUGUUGAUUUCAACAGAAACCACUUCGAUUAAAUUUAAACUUCAGUGAGAAAUAGAGCGAAAAAAGAUAACUAAACUGCAAAAACUUCUGUGGAACUUUUGGGAAUGUAUUUGCUGCAGUACAGUUUAAAUGUUGAUGAGCUAUCAGAAAAAAACUUGAUGUUAUCUUAAGAAUGUUGAAGAUAACGCAAUGCAAAUUAUAAACUUUUGUAGUCAAUCUUGGGUUAUUCUGUCUUUACAAGAGCUAAAAAUUUAAAUACUUGGAUUAUUGAAAAAUAAAAGCCGAUAUAUACGAUCCGAAAGAAUAAUUUUACUUUAUUUUCAAUCAUAUUUUAAAAAUUUAUAUUUUAUUCGAUGCAGGGUUUCCGCAAAAAUGUAACCACUGACAAAUUUUUUCAUAGAAUAACUGUAAGUGUAAGUGUAACCAGAACGUUUCGAUUCAAUUUCAAAUUUUUAAAAGCGUUACGAUUGCAUAAGUUAAAAAUCA